AGACUUCUGUGCCCCCCCUCCUCCAGAAUGAGCUCAGCCACUUUAAUAUUGCCUCACCCUGAGGUCCUUCAGCUGAUGCGGUGUUGGACUUAAGAUAUGUUCUACCUCCAGCGCCGGGGACCUGCUGUCACUCAGCGCGCCUCUGACCAAUGAGAGCGCGCCCUGGCUCCUCCCUCCCGCCCUCCCCUGCAGAGAGUACCCUCGGCUCGGUCGCUGCGGAGAGGAGGAGAGCUCUCCUUCCUUGCUUCCCCUCUCGGUCCAUCCGCAACCUCAGUCCCCGCUGCUCCUCUCAGCCCCGGCUCUAACCAUGGAGAGAGGGCGACUGCUGGCCGUGUGUGUGCUCUGCUGGAGCUGCAGCGUGUGUGUGGUUACAGCCAUCCAGAGGGCUGACAUGUUCCCUUACGGCUCUCUGAGCGGAGAUAUGAUCCUGGCGGAGGGCGACGAUGAGACCUCCAGAGUGCUGUCCCUGCCUAGACCCAUGUACUUCUACGAGUCCCUCUUCUCCCAGCUCUAUGUGGCUACCAACGGUAUCGUGUCAGCGCAGGAUCUGCCCAUGGAAAAGCAGUAUGUGGACGACGGCUUCCCGACGGAUUUCCCUGUGGUGGCUCCCUUUCUGGCUGACAUCGACACCAGUGGAGGACGUGGACAGAUCUACUACAGGGUGACCGAGACACCCAGCGUGCUCAACAGAGUGGCCCAGGAAGUACAUCGAGGGUUCCCAGAUGCCAGAUUCACCCCCACGCAUGUUGUGGUCGCUACGUGGGAGAACGUCGCAGCAUAUGAGGAGCCAACACGGACCAGCGGACCGUCAAACAAGUUCAACACUUUCCAGGCAGUCAUCGGCUAUGACGAGGUCGACUCAUACGUUCUCUUCCUCUACCCUGAAGGUGGUCUGAACUUCUUCGGGACUCGACCUAAGGAGUCAUAUAAUGUUGAGAUAGAGCUCCCCGCUAGAGUUGGCUUCAGCAGAGGAGAAGUCACGUAUCUGAUCUUCUCCCGAACUGAGGGGCCUCACUACAGCGUCACCAGCGAUGAGCAGAGCGUUAAAAACCUCUACCAGGUUGGUAAUACAGGAAUUCCAGGUGUUUGGCUUUUCCACACCGGGAACCGUUACUCUUUCGACAACAUUGUUCCUGCGUCGGUCGGUGGUCUCCUUGCCACUCCACCAACUCGAGGACAUGGCCUCUCCCUGGACACCACGACCCCCGAGUACUCCGAGUUUGAGGAAUACCCAGACAACACUUUUGAUCCUGACAGCCAGGAUGAAGAAGAUGACUACCCUCUGACAGGCGGAGACCCUGAGUUCCAGCCAGCACCUGCCGGUGACCACUCAGAGCCCCCUCAACCAGCAAGUCCUGACGCUCCCUCCCCACCUUCAGAGGAUGUUCCUCACAGCGCGCAGCCAUCAAACAGGCAGUAUGCUCCCCCCAAUGCUCCAGAAGCAGCACCAGAGGAACAGCAACCACAGGUUCCUCUGGAGGUGGUGGACGUCUACCCCCCUCACCGAAAUGAACCACCACUCUCCCCCGGGGGUCACGUGGUCAGCGUGGAUGAAGACGAUGUUGAUUUUGACACAGGAGUGAUCCAGUACACUACAGAGAAUAAGGAAACAUGUGCCAGAUUCCAGCAGCAGUGCUCCCAGAAUGCCUUUUGCUCCGACUACGCCACAGGCUACUGCUGUCAUUGUCGACCAGGCUUCUAUGGAAACGGGCGCCACUGCCUACCUGAAGGUGCUCCACAGCGUGUCAGCGGUAAGGUGAGCGGAACAGUGACGGUGGGUUCCACUCCAGUGGAUCUGAACAACAUUGAUCUCCAUGCCUACAUCGUGGUGGGAGAUGGGAGAGCGUACACAGCCAUCAGUGAGGUACCUGAGCCAGUGGGCUGGGCUCUGAUGCCAGUUGCACCAAUAGGAGAGCUGUUUGGAUGGCUGUUCGCUCUGGAGCUGCCCAAUAGCCGAGCAGGAUUCAAAAUCACAGGUGCUGAGUUUACUCGUCGUGCAGAGGUGAUCUUCUACCCAGGCAACCAGCGCCUGUCAAUCAUCCAGACGGGCCGCGGCCUUGACGACCAUAACCACCUCACCGUUGACACCGAACUCAGCGGCAGCGUUCCUUUCCUGCCCCCUGGAGCUGAAGUCGCCAUGGAUCCCUUCAAGGAGAUCUACCAGUACUACCCAUCUGUUGCCACCUCCACCUCUGUGAGGGAGUACUCAGUUGUGUCUGCAGAUCGAGGUUCUGAGUCCUUCUCCUUCCAGCUCAAACACAACAUUACCUACCGUGACUGUCGUCAUGACAGCCACACCGCCGCCCUGGAGACGCUGCAGAUCACCAUGGAGAGGGUAUUUGUGAUGUACGUCAAAGAGGAGCGUAUUCUGAGAUACGCUAUCACCAACAAGAUCAGCCCAGUCGGAGUUGAGCCAACCAGUCCGGAGCUGGUCAACCCUUGCUAUGCUGGAACCCAUGACUGCGACACCACGGCUCAGUGUAUCCCGCUGGAGGGACAGGCCUUCCAGUGCCAGUGUGCUACUGGCUACAGAGGGGAUGGACGCAACUGUUAUGAUAUAGAUGAGUGUGCUGAGGGCUUGUCUUCAUGUGGCGCUCACGCUCAGUGCAUGAACCUGCCUGGGAGCCAUCGCUGCCAGUGCCAGAGUGGCUUCGAGUUUGGCUUCGACGGGCGUACCUGCGUUGAUAUAGACGAGUGCAGCUCCUCUCCAUGUCACAUCAGCGCCAGAUGUAUCAACGGACUGGGUUCCUUCCAGUGUCAGUGCCAGGCUGGGUUCUAUGGCGAUGGUUUCUACUGUUCCCAGCAGGAAGGACAGACAGUUCGCCCAAAGAGCCAGUGUGAGCAGCACAGAGACAGUCUUCAGAGUGGUGGUGAUGGUCGUCCAAGUGUUGGAGCUUUCAUCCCUCAGUGCGACUCCGACGGACGGUACCGACUACUGCAGUGUCACGGCUCCACUGGACAUUGUUGGUGUGUGGACAGUAGGGGGCAGGAGAGAGCAGGAACCAGGACUCCACCUGGUACAGCACCUAAAGACUGUGACAGACCAGAUGAGCCAGAGCGUCCUAAAACUCACUGUGAACACUACAGAGACAGUGUACAGACCACAAGUCCAGAGGGAUAUCCUAUAACAGGAGCCUAUGUUCCUCAGUGCGAUGCUAAUGGACAGUACAUACCUUUGCAGUGUCAUGGUUCCACUGGACAUUGUUGGUGUGUGGACAGUAGUGGACAGGAGAGAGCAGGAACAAGAACAGCACCUGGUACAACACCUACAGACUGUGACAAACCAGAUGAACCAGAACGUUUUAAGACUCAGUGUGAGCACCACAGAGACAGUGUUCAAACCACCAGUCCAGAGGGAUAUCCUAUAGUUGGAGCUUAUGUACCUCAGUGUGAUGCUAAUGGACAGUACAGAUCAUUACAAUGUCAUGGUUCCACUGGACAUUGUUGGUGUGUGGACACAAGGGGGCAGGAGAGAGCAGGAACCAGGACUCCACCUGGUACAGCACCCAAAGACUGUGACAGACCAGAUGAACCAGAGCGUCCUAAAACUCAGUGUGAACACCACAGAGACAGUAUUCAGACUACCAGUCCAGAGGGAUAUCCUAUAGUCGGAGCUUACGUACCCCAGUGUGAUGCAAAUGGACAGUACACACCACUGCAGUGUCACGGCUCAUCUGGACAUUGUUGGUGUGUGGACAGUAGGGGACAGGAAAGAGCAGGAACCAGGACAUCACCAGGCGCACCGCCUACAGACUGUGACAAACCAGAUGAACCAGAGCGUCCUAAAACUCAGUGUGAACAUCACAGAGACAGUGUAGAGACCACCAGUCCAGAGGGAUAUCCUGUAACAGGAGCCUAUGCACCUCAGUGUGAUGCUAAUGGACAGUAUACACGAUUGCAGUGUCACGGCUCCACUGGACAUUGUUGGUGUGUGGACAGUAGGGGGCAGGAGAGAGCAGGAACCAGGACUCCACCUGGUACAGCACCUAUAGACUGUGAUAAACCAGAUGAACCAGAGCGUCCUAAAACUCACUGUGAGCACCACAGAGACAGUGUACAGACUACUAGUCCAGAGGGAUAUCCUAUACCAGGAGCGUUUGUGCCUCAGUGUGAUGCUAACGGACAAUACGCUUCGCAACAGUGUCACGGCUCCACUGGACAUUGUUGGUGUGUGGACAGAACGGGGCAAGAGAGGGCAGGAACCAGGACUCCACCUGGUACAGCACCUACAGACUGUGACAAACCAGAUGAACCAGAGCGUCCUAAAACUCACUGUGAGCACCACAGAGAGAGAGCGCAGGCUACUAGUUCAGACGGAUAUCCGUUAGUUGGAGCUUAUGUACCACAAUGUGAUGACAAUGGGCAGUACCUCCCUCUGCAGUGUCACGGCUCCACUGGACACUGUUGGUGUGUGGACAGAACGGGGCAGGAGAGAGCAGGAACCAGGACUCCACCUGGUACAGCACCUAAAGACUGUGACAGACCAGAUGAACCAGAGCGUCCUAAAACUCACUGUGAGCACCACAGAGAGAGAGCGCAGGCUACUAGUUCAGACGGAUAUCCGAUAGUUGGAGCUUAUGUACCUCAAUGUGAUGACAAUGGACAGUAUCUUCCUCUGCAGUGUCACGGCUCUAGUGGACAUUGUUGGUGUGUGGACAGUAGGGGGCAGGAGAGAGCAGGAACCAGGACUCCACCUGGUACAGCACCCAAAGACUGUGACAGACCAGAUGAACCAGAGCGUCCUAAAACUCAGUGUGAGCAGCACAGAGACAGUGUUCAGACAACCAGUCCAGAGGGAUAUCCUCUGUUUGGAGCCUUUGUACCUCAGUGUGAGCCUGAUGGACAGUACUCAGCUCAGCAGUGUCACGGCUCCACUGGACAUUGUUGGUGUGUGGACAGUAGGGGAGAGGAGAGAGCAGGAACCAGGACAACAGCAGGUGUACCACCUGUAAACUGUGACGAAUCAGUCCCUGUGGUUCCAACCCAACGCCCGGAGAGUGUGUGUGAGCGAUGGAGGAGCAGUUUGAUUGAGCACUAUGGUGGGAAACCAGAGCCAAAACAGUACCUGCCUCAGUGUGAGCCAGAUGGGCAAUUCAGUCCAGUCCAGUGUUAUGGAGAGACGACUUACUGCUGGUGUGUGGACCAGGACGGCCGGGAGGUUCCCGGCACUCGAUCACAUGAUGUCGUCAAACCUGCAUGUCUUCCCUCGGCGGCCCCGCCCACCGUGCGCCCACUGCCCCGCCCAGAUGUGACCCCUCCCACAAACGCUGACAUCACACUGCUGUACGCUCAGGGACAGAAAAUAGGGGCGUUGCCGUUAAACGGUACCAGACUGGAUGCAACCCGGGCCAAAACACUGUUGACUCUACAUGGUUCCAUAGUUGUCGGAAUAGCCUAUGACUGCAAAGAGAACCGAGUCUAUUGGACAGAUUUGUCAGCAAGAACAAUCAACAGAGCUUCAAUGGCUCCUGGAGCCGAGCCUGAGAUCCUCAUUAACACAAAUCUGGUCAGUCCGGAGGGCUUGGCGGUGGACGUUAAACGUAGGUUGAUAUUCUGGGUCGACUCAAACCCUGACAUGAUCGAGAGCGCCAACCUGGACGGCAGCGGGAGGCGGACGCUGUUCGACACAGACUUGGUCAACCCCCGCGCCAUCAUAGUGGUUUCUUCCUCCGGCACUCUGUUUUGGACAGACUGGAACCGAGAGGCUCCAAAGAUUGAGAGUUCGUCGGUGGACGGUCAGAACCGCAGGGUGGUGGUGUCUGACGGGGUUGGUUUGCCAAACGCUCUCACGUUUGACUCGUCUUCAGGACAGGUCUGCUGGGCCGAUGCAGGAACGAAGCGUUUAGAGUGUGUAUCUCCUGAUGGUUCAGGCCGGAGAGUGAUCCACUCCAGCCUCAACUAUCCAUUCAGCAUGGUCUACUACAGGAACCACUUCUAUUACACUGACUGGAGGAGGGACGGAGUGAUCGCAGUGAGCAAAGAAAGCAGUCAGUUCACUGAUGAAUACCUGCCCGACCAGCGCUCUCACCUGUACGGCAUCGCCAUAGCAACCAGCCAGUGUCUAUCAGGGACUCACUAACGACGGACUGGCAGCCGCGGGGUCCUUUGGUGCUAAAGUUCUGGGGCAGUUCCUGAUCAGAGGGCAGGACCACCCAUAAAAGUGCCCUCUCCGGUGUCCCUCAGAAGAAAGGACACUCAAUAGGAAGCAAGAUGGCUUCCUGUUGCCAGAUCGACUGUCGGAGCAAAUUUACAACCCCUCCACUCACCCCGACCCCACCCCCACCCCAUUAUCUCACCGUAAAGAUAUAACCCCCAAAUAAUUGUUUUGUAAAUUUGUUUUAUACCUCAUUUCUAAUUUUUUUUUCUACUGUAUUUUUGUACGCGAGUUGUUUUUCUAUCGAUUAAAGCUACAGAACAAUGAAAUCAGAUUUUAAAAUGUACGUGAGUGAAGGUUUUUCUUUCUGUUAAAGCCAAAGAGGAAUGACAAGAAGAGCUUUAAAACUGUUGGAGCCAAAGUUCUGCUGUGAAAUCGAGCAUCAGCUUUCUGUUGGCUUUUAAAUUCAGGCUAAUUGAUUAGCAUUCAGGGUGUAUUCUGGGCAGAUAUACAAAGAUGAUCGAGGAAGAGCAGAUUGUUGAAGGAGACUUGUGAUCCUCUUUAUGUCUGUAUGGCAGACAGUGACUGAGCCAGGAGACGGUUAGCUGAGUAGCAUAAAGGAUGGAAACAGAGGAACCGCUAGCAGAGAAAAGCAGAGAAAUUAAUACCUUUUUAUAUUUUGGUUAAACCUUACAAAAACCAAAAUGUAACAAGCCUGGCUAGCAGUUUUCUCAUGCUUUCCAGUUUUUAUGCUAGGCUAAGCUAAGUUUCACAUUCUCUAGCAAGCUUAUUAUUUAAAGACAUGAAAGUGGUAUCAGUCUUGUUUUUGUAAUACUUAUAAAAGCUGAAAUGUAAAACAGUUGCUUGCACCAAGGGGAUUUACCGCCUGUUUUUUGCCAUGUAGCCAGGCUGGUCCCCCUGCUUUAUGUCAUCAUGCUAAGCUGCGGCUCGUCUCCUGGCUCUCACUGAACAUUCAGUAUAAAGACAAAAGUGCUAUCAGUCUUUACAUCAAACUCUCGACAAAAAAAGCUCCUUUCCCAAACCAAUUCUAUGAAAUAUGCCAAGUGGAAAAUCAUUGCAAUUUUGACUGAUCAGAUUACAAAGUAAUGUAUUUCCGUCAGUGCUGUGUGCCUCAGAUCAGUGACGACAGUCCCGCCACAUUUCUCUGCACUACUAAUCUGUAUUACACACACAAGAUGAAAUGACGUUACUUUCUUUAUUUUGCCAAAUAUUUUUACUACUACUACUUUUUUAAAAAUCUUUAUCUUUUUAUAAGAUGUGAUAUUUAUAACAAUAAAAUGUGAUUUGGUACUUGA